AACACAUAAUUUCAGUUGACAGACACCACACCAGUUACAAUAGAAGCCCAAAUUUGUUUGCCCUCUUUCUCCCAUCCUCAAUCUAAAGAGGUCUGCACUGCACCGACCCACACUCAUGGAAGAAGCCCAGAAAAUGGUGGCGUUGAAGACGACUUAUGCCGAUAUCAUUAUGAAUACGGCGAAAGAGGCAGCUGCGCGUAUAAUGUCAUCGGAGCGGAAAGCUCUUCGCUUUCAGCAGGAUCUGCGUUCUGUAAAAGACGAGGCCAUUGGGAUGCUCCUUCGUUUGAAACACACGAUCGUUUCUGUGAACACUGAGGCAGAGAUUAGAUCCUCCAGUCAGCAAAGAAGGAUCGAUGAGCUUGAAGCGCAGCUUGAUGAAGCAGAAGACAGAAUAAUAGACCUUAGAGCAGAGUUGAAACAGGCACAGGACCAACUGGAUAAGGUGAAAAAUUACCAUAUCCGGCGUUUAAAGGGACAAAUUGGAAAACAAGAUGGAUCUUGUCACGAAAGUCCAAUGCACCAGAUUCUAACCAGUUCUGACCCUGUCACAUCGUCCCCAUCAGAUCCAGGACCUGAAGUGAUAAUGAUAUCUGAGGUGAAGAGUACACCUUUUAAUCAGAGAAUGCUGGGUAACGAGUACUGUACUUCAGCAAAACAAACCACAUCAUUGAAGUCUCAUAUUGAGAAUCAUUGUGUUAAUAACCCUGAUCUAGCCUCCAUAAUCAUGAGAAGCAAAGAGCCCGAGCUAUACAGAAAUGGAUAUACUCAGAGAAUUCGUGCAUUUGAAAGGAACUUGCUGAAUGGAAAAUUGCAUCCUGGAGAGGUAGAUGACCAGCACUUCCGCAUAAAGACUGAGCCCAUCAUCAACUUGAAUGUACAAGAUACAGAGAUAGGUACUGUAUCCUCUCCCAAGACUGAGGAUGUGGAUGUAAUUAGAUUGGUAGAAGUGCCAGUCAACAUUAGCACUUAUGGACAUCAUCCUAAUAAGUUCCGUAAGAAAAUACAAAGAAGAAAAACUCGAUGUGGGACAGCUAAAGCUACCGCAAGUAGGUUUUAUUCUCGGCAUCCCAUGAAUCCUUCUCAAUUAUCCUCAGUUCUUUCUUAUUGCAAAACAUAUUCAUAUGCAAACAAUGAUAAUGUAAAAUCUGGUGAUGGAGCCUGUACCUUGCCUUGUCCCAAGGCUGAGAAUGCGGAUUUAGCUGCAAAUUCUUCUGGGUUUCAAAAAAUAAUGCAGCAUAAUAAUGACCAGGGUCUUAAGGUUGUUCGUAGAAGCCUUAGAAAAAGGAAAGUAGAACAUAGAAAUUUCACUGCUACCUCAUUCAGGUCUCUUCCAGAUCAGCUGACUGAACCUUGUCAACAAUGUUCAUUUCUUUCCAGUUCCAAGACCUGUUCAGUCAAUUAUAAUGUAAAGUCUGAUGAAGCUCGGAUGAACAAUCAAAGUGAGACUAACAUGGACACUAUAUCAAGGUCUACAAAUUUUACUCUAGGCUCCAAGGAUGUCAGAGAUUUUGGACUUACUGAGAUUGCUACAGAGAAGGAGACAGAGUUGAUAGAUGAGGCUGUUUUGGUACAGGAUGGUGAUGCUGCAGAGAGUCGUAGGGUCUCAGAAUCCAACUUAAAUCUUAAGAUAAACAAUGUACCAUCGACAGAUUCUGAGUUGAACAAUGCAAAAACAUCAGAAGCAACUUUUAGAGCUCCCAGCAGGGUUCUUAAGUACACAUUCAGCCGGAAGCGCAAGAAGGAAUCUUUGACCAACCUCGAUGAGGAUGCUUCUCUUGAAAAAAGCAAUAUGAAGAGGAGGUUGGGGCAUAAACAAAAUGGUCCUCCAGAACUGCAUAAUUCUAGCUUGACAAGUGAAGUAUCUCGGGAAAGCCAAGGAGGGGUGCAGGUUGCUCCUCAGGUUGAUAAUUUCACUGCUACCUCAUUCAGGUCUCUUCCAGAUCAGCUGACUGAACCGUCUCAACCAUGUUUAUUUCUUUCCAGUUACAAGACUUGUUCAUUCGAUUGUAAUGUAAAGUUUGAUGAAGCUCAGUUGAAUGAUCAAAGUGAGUGUAACAUGGAUAAUAUAUCAGGAUCUACAAAUGUUACUCUAGGCACCAAAGAUGUCAGAGAAUUUGGAUUUACUGAGAUGGCUAAAGAGGAGUCAGAGUUGAUAGAUGAGGCUGUUGGUGUACAGGACGGUGGUGCUGCAGGGAGUCCUAGGGUCUCGGAAUCCAACUUAAAUCUUGAGAUAAACAAUUUACCAUCGAUGGAUUCCAAGUCCAACAAUGCAAAAACAUCUGAAGCAACUAAUAGUGCUCCCAGUCAAGCUACCAGCAGGGUUCUUAAGUACACAUUCAGCAGGAAGUGCAAGAAGGAAUCUUUGACCAACCUCGAUGAGAAUGAUUCCCUUGAAAAGAGCAGUACGCAGAGGACGUUGGAGCAUAAACAAAACGGCCUUCAAGAACCGCAGAAUUCUAGCUUAACAAGUGAAUUAUCUCGGGAUAGCCGACGAGUGGUGCAGGUUGCUCGUCAGCUUAUUUCUUUGUCUGGAAAAAAGUGGUAACAGGAUUGGCUGUUCCUUCUGCACAUGCAAGAGAAAGAUGAAGCCAAUGAGAAACCUAACAACAUGCACAGUGAGAGAUCAUUCAAUUUAACUACAGCAUUUACUUCAUAAUUCUUCUAGUGGGUAGUUGUAAUAGGCCGAAUUCACGCUUGCCAUCCAACCCAAAAGCGUAAGUUGUUGGGUAAUGUUGUGUACUUGUUAUUAUAUACCCAGGACUUUCUCGAUGUGAGACGAGAACCUCUAACAAUAGCACUUAGACAUUCAAGUAUAACCCAAUUGUAGAUCCGCUACUGCCUGGUAGAUAUGGGUUCCUGGAUCAGCCUUUGUCUACAAAUGUGAUACUAUUAGCAGAAUUAGGGUUUUGAUGCACUUUUUGAUGAAUUUUUAGCCGUAAAAGAAAAUUUUGGGAUACUGCACUCCCUAUUAA